UUUUUCUGCUGUGAGUUGAGUACAUGUUACCAUGGCGAUGACUGCAGGAACUACAGCCUCCUUUCCCAUGAGCAACCACACCCGGGAGAGAGUGACGGUGGCCAAACUCACACUGGAGAACUUCUACAGUAACCUAAUUAUACAGCAUGAAGAGAGAGAAACCAGGCAGAAGAAGCUAGAAGUGGCAAUGGAAGAGGAAGGCCUUGCAGAUGAGGAGAAAAAGCUACGCAGGUCGCAACACGCCCGUAAAGAAACGGAGUUUCUGCGACUGAAGAGGACUAGGCUUGGCUUGGAUGACUUUGACUCUUUGAAAGUUAUAGGAAGAGGAGCAUUUGGGGAGGUCCGCCUUGUUCAGAAGAAGGAUACAGGUCAUAUUUAUGCAAUGAAGAUACUAAGAAAAGCGGAUAUGCUGGAGAAAGAGCAGGUGGCCCAUAUCCGAGCAGAAAGAGAUAUUUUGGUUGAAGCAGAUGGAGCCUGGGUAGUGAAAAUGUUUUACAGCUUUCAGGAUAAAAGAAAUCUUUACCUGAUCAUGGAGUUCUUACCUGGAGGUGACAUGAUGACCUUACUAAUGAAGAAAGACACCUUAUCAGAAGAGGAGACACAGUUUUAUAUUUCUGAAACUGUGCUGGCCAUAGAUGCUAUUCACCAGCUGGGAUUCAUCCACAGAGAUAUCAAACCAGAUAACCUUUUGCUGGAUGCUAAGGGUCAUGUGAAACUGUCUGAUUUUGGGCUAUGCACAGGUUUAAAGAAAGCUCACAGAACAGAGUUCUACAGGAACCUUACACACAACCCACCCAGUGACUUCUCAUUUCAGAAUAUGAACUCAAAGAGAAAAGCAGAAACAUGGAAGAAGAACAGGCGACAGCUGGCAUAUUCUACUGUUGGAACCCCAGACUAUAUUGCACCAGAAGUAUUUAUGCAGACUGGGUACAACAAGCUGUGUGACUGGUGGUCUUUGGGAGUGAUUAUGUAUGAAAUGCUAAUAGGGUAUCCACCUUUCUGCUCAGAAACGCCACAAGAAACCUAUAGGAAAGUUAUGAACUGGAAAGAAACGUUGAUAUUUCCUCCAGAGGUGCCCAUUUCAGAGAAAGCAAAGGAUUUAAUUCUCAGGUUUUGUAUCGAUUCAGAAAAUAGAAUCGGUAGUAAUGGAGUCGAGGAAAUAAAAAGUCAUCAGUUUUUUGAAGGAGUGGACUGGGGACAUAUCAGGGAAAGACCAGCCGCGAUCCCUAUAGAAAUCAAAAGUUUUGAUGAUACUUCCAACUUCGAUGAAUUUCCUGAAUCUGAUAUUUUACAGCCAGUGCCAAACGCAACAGAACCUGACUACAAAUCCAAAGACUGGGUUUUCCUCAAUUACACCUACAAGAGGUUUGAAGGGCUCACGCAGCGUGGCUCCAUCCCUUCCUACAUGAAAGCCGGGAAGUUGUGAAACGAAACACAACCCCACAAAAAUAAAACUACAAACCUCAGGUCAGUUGUUAAACACCUGGAUACAGUAUGGAAUAAAAGCGUCUGCCGUGGGUGAACUCCCCGAAGUGCAAAGGGGCUGGCUGAGAGCUCUCCACACCGCGAGGAUAAACGGGCAGGAGCAGUCCAAAGGGUGUGUGUUGUGUCAGCUCUUGUUCCUCUGCGACAGCCGGUAGGGAAUACUGCAGUUUAGCCCCUUUAUACUCUAAUGCUUAGGGAGUGCUCUCACUUUUUUUCAAUAACACGAGCAAUUGCCAGCAUUGAAACAUACUGUACCGUGUCCUUUUUGAUGGUGAUAUAUAUUACAGCAGCUCGUUCUUGGAGUCGAAAUGGCAACUGCUAUAUUUUUUCCUAGACUGUUUCAUUAGUUGUGGUUGGGAAAGUUACAUAGAAGCAUUAUAAAAAAUUUAUAUGAGGCUUUUUACAGCAUUUGAAAAUAAAAGUAGCAUUCUUUUUGUAAA